UGUGCUGAGGAGGGGGGGCUCUCUCGGCGGCCAUUAGCUGUGUGCGCGCUGGGCUGGCUGAGAGCGGCUGGGUCGGAGCCUUCGCCUCCCCUUUCCACCCGGGGGUGGAGCUGCCAUGGCGGCCCGCGCGGCUUAGCUCCGCUCCCCUCCCCGCACCCAGCUACGGUAACCGAGGAAGCGGGCGCGGCCUAGUCGAGCGGGCGGAUCCCCGGACUCGCGUAGCGGCCGCUGCCGCCCAGGGCUGCCCCUUGGCUGGCCGCGGGGCGGGGGCCAUGUCCCUGGUGGCCUAUGGCAGCAGUGAGGAGGAGAGCGAUGCGGAGGAGGCCUCAGGCGAGGAAGAGGAGGCCCCACCCAUCCAGCCCCCCCCGGGCAGGGGGCUCUUCUCUGCCCUGCCCCCUCCCAAGCUCCCCCUGCUGCCCCCCCCCCAGCUUCUGGGCGCCGGCUUCCCCCUGCUGCCCCCGCCCCACGGGGGGCCACCCCCUCCCUUCAUGCUGGGGCCCCCUCCCGGAGUCAGGGGCUUCAGCACCCCGCCUCCAGGCAUGAGCCCUGCCCAGGCCUCUGCUCUGGGGCUGGGGCUGGGCCUGCCUGAGCCAGCAGCCUUGGGGAGCCUGGGGGGGGAGCAGCCCAGGCUUGGGGGGCUCCCCCUGCCCCCGCCCAGGGAGCCUGCUGGACUGACUCUCCCCCCUCCUGCCAUGGCCUCGGCUGCUCCCCCCGGGGCUGGGGCCGGCUCGGGCCUCCCCAAGCCGAAGAAGAGGAUUGUGGCGCCCGAACUGCAGAAGGGGGAUUCAGAUUCAGAGGAAGAUGAACCAUCAAAAAAGAAAAAUUCUCUUCAGGGACUCAGCGAGGGCUCUGGCUUGUCUGCUUUGCUUCCUCAACCCAAAAACUUGACGGUGAAAGAGACAAACCGGUUGCUUUUGCCCUAUGCUUUCUCAAGGAAAGCAGCAGAAAAUGCCCCUGAGUCGAAGCCAACUAAGGCUCCAACCUCCUCCUCCAAGCCAAAACCUUUGUCCAAGCCAGCAGUGGCCACGACUCCUUCGCCAUCCGCCAUCAAGGCAGCUGCCAAGAGUGCGGCCCUACAGGUGACCAAGCAAAUCACCCAGGAGGAGGAUGACAGUGACGAAGAGCUAGAGCCAGAGAACUUCUUUUCUUUGUCUGACAAAAGUGAGCCCAGCGUGGUCAGCGCGGAGCCGUAUGUGUAUUCUGGCACCGUGGUGACAGAGGAUCUGCCCCCUGGGACGGAGCCGGAGCCUGAAUUCCAGGAUGCUGCCGCUAAUGCCCCUUUGGAGUUCAAGACGGCUGCAGGUUCAAGCACCACUCAGCACAGCUGGGCCCCCAAGCCCGGAGAAGACUAUGGCAACCAGCCAUAUAACCAGUUCCCUGGCUACAGCGUUGCCAAUGCUCCCGGGGCAUACUAUCAGGAUUACUACACCAGUGGCUAUUACCCAGAGAUGGAUCCAGCCCUUGGACCACCACAGGAGAUGGGCACUGACUCGUCCUUCAUGGAUGAUGAAGCGUUCAAGCGUCUCCAAGGUAAGCGGAACCGUGGGAGGGAAGAGAUCAACUUUGUGGAGAUCAAAGGGGAUGAUCAGCUGAGUGGAGCCCAGCAAUGGAUGACCAAAUCCUUAACAGAGGAGAAGACCAUGAAAUCUUUCAGCAAGAAAAAAGGAGAGCAGCCCACGGGACAGCAGAGAAGAAAACACCAGAUCACAUACCUGAUCCACCAGGCGAAGGAGCGAGAGUUGGAACUGAAAAACACAUGGUCUGAAAACAAACUCAGCCGGCGUCAGACCCAAGCCAAAUACGGAUUUUAGCACCUCUCCUAUUCUGUGGGCAUUAGCCCAGGUGACCUACCAUGUGAGACUCCUCCUGGCCUACCUAGAAUUGAGGAGGCCCCUGGAUCUAACUGUGUGGGUGGGAGGAUACAGCACUCCCCUGUCUGCGAAGAGAAGGGUUAAAUACUAACCAUUUCUGAAACCCAGGCUGUAACUUUUUUAAUGAUAAUGCAGAAGGAUCAAAUCAAGUCUGGUUCGUGCAGCUGGGGACUCUGGCACUGAACAGCCACAGGCUUGUCCGAAGAGGACGUGACAGGCGCAAGGUUUUGAGCUCUUGUCCUGUAGGUGUACAGACUACCCAUUUUUUUCUUUAGUCACCAGAACCUUAGGUAGAAUCUCAAUAAAUUUCCAAGUCCAACACUGCUCCUUUCUUUAGACCUACUGUGUGUCAAGAGUGUAAUUUCCUUUUUGAAAGGCAGUUUCAAGGCAAACUUUUUGUAUUAUUUGAAAAACCCUUUGGGAUAGUUGUACAUGUGUAGACACAUUUCUCUUCUUACAAGCAAUCUGUGCAGGUUUGAAGUGUGUCUGGUUAUUUUGUUUUCCUUGCCAUGUCCUCCUGUAAAUUUUGAGUCACUUGUGAGGGAAAAUUUUUGUUUUCAAGGUGGAUGUUUGCUAACAAGAGAGUGCUUGUUUCAGUUUGAAAACAGCGCACAGAUACCCCCAGUCUCUGGACUCCAUGGAAGAUACUCGGGUUUCCUCUGCCAGCACAAGAAGCUAUUGUAAGCUCUGGGACAUAUAAGAAUGGAGUAGGUGUGGGUGUGUGUCCCCAAGCCAAGGCCCAGAGCGCUGUAAAAAUCUGAUUCAAAUACUAGUUGAAUCCAAGUAUUUCUGGGGUGAGAUGGUGCCCUGCAGCUAGCAGUGACCUGAAGCCUCAGCAGUAUUGCCUGUAAUAAUCCAAACCUGGGCAAAAGCUGCCUACAGCACGUUUUUUUUAACUUAUCAGCCUAUCUGUAUAACUCCUACUUCCUGCUGAGGCAUCAACUCUGGUUUAAAUGUUAACUCCACCCACCUGGGUGGAAAAGGGAGGCAAUUUCUAGACUUAAACGUGUUUCACAGAACACUUGAAAAACGAGUUUCUUCAUUUCACUUAAGCUGCUGAACUUCCCAGAGGCAGAGAUGGGCAUGUCUGCAAAUAAUACACAGGCCAACUCUCUGAAGAGGUGUGUAUCUAACCAUUCGUGCUGGCCUCGCUUCCUAGUUCGCUGUUUGCUGCCGAACUCUUACAGUGCUGAAACGAGUGAGUCGGUCCAGUUCUUUACGUUACAUUCCUGACAUCAAAGGUUUUAUUUGUUGUACCACAACUAAAGCAGUUGAGUGUGGCAAUUCAAUUGAGAAAAAUGCCAAAGGGCAACUUGCUCUCAUCUACUGUGCCCCCCCCCGCCC